UUCGUUGUUUACAUAUUAAGCUAAACUUAUUAUGGCAUCAGAGCAUGAACGUUGAUCGACAGUUUUUUUUCUUCUUUCGACUGAGAGUCCGCAGGGAUGACGACGGAAGAAGGAGCAACGCCGGCGACGAAAAUCGAUUAUAGUUCACCGUAUUUCUUGGGACCCCAGGAUAGACCGGCUGAUUUUAUCACCCCGGUUCGUCUUACGAGCAACAAUUAUGAAGAAUGGUCUAACACCGUACGGUUGGCACUCCGAGCACGGCGGAAAUUUGCAUUUGUUGACGGCACUCUCACAAAACCGACACCACCUUAUUCUGAGGAGGAUUGGCUUAUGAUCCAUUCCAUGAUCAUUUCUUGGUUAUUGAAUAUAAUAACGCCGGAGGUCAAGGGAAUCCUAUCCCACUACGAGAAUGCACAGCAGCUAUGGAGUGAUCUAAAAGAACGGUUUGCAAUCGUUGAUGGCCCUAAGAUACACCAAGUCAAGACGGAUUUGGCAAAGUGUGUCCAGACAAAGGGAAUGACGAUUGGAGCUUAUUACGUAAAAUUGAAAAAUUUAUGGGAUGAAUUAAACAACUAUGAACCAUUGAUUGCGUGUAAAUGCAAAAAUUGCACGUGUGAUGUGCUCAAGCAGCAUGAGAAGAGAAGAGAAUCAGAACGCCUGCAUCAAUUUUUGAUGGGCAUAUACAUAGAUUUCUUUGGUGGAGUUCGGUCACAAUUGCUGACGCAAACUGAUCUCCCAACCUUGAAUCGUGCUUAUCAACAAAUGAUACAGGAAGAACGUGUGCGUGGUAUAGUGCAUGCACAAGAAGAACGGCCAGAUGUUAUGGGGUUCGCACUUCGUACAGACGGGAAAGGAGCAGGCCGUGGGGUCAAGCCAGAUAAAUCUGGACAUGUGUGCUCCUAUUGCAGAUAUUCGGGGCAUGAAGUCACAAGCUGCUUUGAACUUCAUGGUUAUCCUGAUUGGUGGGGAGAUAGACCUAAACCCGGCAUUAAAGAAGGAGGAGGUCGUGGACGUCCAAACAAUUCUGGAGCUCCAGGGAAUUAGGAGGCAGGUCGCGGAAAGCAAACAACAAGAGCACAUGCCAUGAUGGCAGCCGAAACCGCAACCAAGCUACCGAUGAAUGAUGGGGAGAGCAGCAGUGGGCAAUCCACUCCUUUGCCAGGAUUUACAUCCGAACAAUCGACAUCUUUACUUUCCAUGAUGGGUAACACCUUCUCUACUAAUGAUCGCAUGGCUGGUAAGUUCAAUAGUAAUGCUUGGAUUAUUGAUACUGGAGCUACAAAUCAUGUUUGUGGCAAUCGGUCUUUACUUUGUCAUGUGAAAAAAUGUUGAACCAUGCUCCGUUGGUCUCCCCGAUGGAUAGACCGUUUUGGCUACUCUGGAAGGGAGUGUGCAAUUUACAAAUGAUUUAUAUUUGAACAAUGUGCUUUUUGUACCGAAGUUGCAGUGUAAUCUCAUAUAUGUAUCCCAAAUGAGUGAUGCACUUAACUGUUUUGUCCAAUUAACCUGUAAUUUGUGCAUUAUACAGGACCGUCUCUCGAGGAGGCUGAUUGGAACGGGUGAACGGCGGAAUGGACUGUAUUACUUACGGGAGGAACUAGCAAAGCAUGCAUUGGCAGUUAGAGAAUCAUGGAAUGAUGUGGCAGAAUUAUGGCAUAAAAGGUUGGGACACCCGGCUUCUAAAGUGGUUGAAAAUCUGGUUCCUGUAAGUGAUUUGAAGACUCUUGGAAAUUUUCCAUGUGAUGUUUAUUUUAGAGCAAAGCAGACUAUGAAUUCUUUUCCUACUAGUUUAAAUAAAACUAGUGAUAUUUUUGAGGUGAUACACUGUGAUUUGUGGGGUCCAUAUAAAACCCCUUCUUCGUGUGGUGCUAAAUUUUUUUUUGACAAUUGUUAGAUGAUUAUUCCCGUGCUGUUUGGGUUUAUUUGUUACUUGAUAAAAAGGAAGUUUUCAAAAUAUUUCUCUUUUAUUGCUAUGGUGGAACGACAAUUUUCUAAGAAAAUUUUGCGUGUCAGAAGUGAUAAUGGGACUGAGUUUAAUUGUUUAAAAGAUUAUUUCCGCAUUAGUGGGAUUCUAUUUCAGACAUCUUGUGGCGAAAGCAUAGACACAUUUUAAAUGUGGCUCGUGCGUUGAGAUUUCAAGGGAAUUUACCUAUAUAUAUCUUUUUGGGGAGAAUGUGUAUUGAAUGCUUCUUAUCUCAUUAAUCUCACACCGUCUGCGCUUCAUGCUUAUAAAACAUCGUAUGAAUUUUUUUUGGGACUCCUCCUUGCUAUGAAUCUCUCCGUGUUUUCAGAUGUUUAUGUUAUGCCUAUAACAUGAUGUCAAAGGGUGACAAAUUUAUCAGCAGAAGCAGAAAGUGUGUAUUUGUGGGAUAUAUUUUUGGCAAGAAAGGGUGGAAUGUUUUUUAUCUAGAGACUCGAGAAUUUUUUGUGUCUCGUGAUGUGAAGUUUUUUGAGCAUAUUUUUCCAUUUACAUAUGCCUCUUCUAUUGCUGAUAAUAGUCCAAUAACGGAAGUAGAACAGCCAGUUAUCAUGCCCAGUGAUUAUUCAUCUAUACUUGGAUAUCAUGGUCAACCUGCAGCAGUAUCUGCGUCCUCACAUGAGGAACAUACAUCUCUGGGAGAUGGCACAUCUACAGGUGACACGCCCGGUGCUUCAGAGGAGGAUCCACCAGUUGACUUAGGACGCGGGCAGCGCGUACGUAUGCCAUCAGUUCGCCUCAGAGACUACAUCACACAUACCAUUGUUAAAAACAGUCCAUUCCCCGCUCUUCCCGAUUCAUCACCCUCUUCAGUUGUCAAACAUGAUGGAUGGCGCAAUGUCAUGCGUGACGAAAUCAAGGCUCUUGAAAAUAAUUCCACUUGGAGUCUCGUUUCUUUGCCUCCUGGCAAGCGUGCUUUGGGUUGUCGCUGGGUUUAUAAAGUGAAGCACAAAUGUGAUGGCACAGUUGAACGCCUUAAAGCUCGUCUUGUUAUUUUUUGAAAUAGACAGAUUGCUGGCCUGGACUAUACUGAAACGUUUGCACCUGUGGCAAAAAGGGUGACUGUACGUGCUUUCCUUGCUAUCGCGGCAGCUAAGCAUUGGGAAUUACAUCAGAUGGAUGUACAUAAUGCCUUUCUUCUUGGAGAUUUGAAUGAGGAAGUCUAUAUGACUAUUCCUCCGGGCUAUAAGACUACUAAUCUUUCUUGGAUAGGGGGCAUGUAGUUCAG